AUGUCCCAAGAGACUCGUAUUCGUAAGACAGGCCCCCGAAGCUUACAAGCGCCAUCGAUUGGGCUGGCAUCGUCAGAUCAAAAAGAGCAGGUCAGUAGCUCGAAAACCUCCGGCGAACUGAACUUGGCGGAUGCUCAUAGUCCUGGCAAGACGGUUCCCCUUACGGCAGUGAACGAAAACCAAGCCUUUGGUGUUGAUUCUCGCUCUCCUGAACAUUCGUCUGCUGCAAGCCCUCCCGCUUCCGUGGCAUAUUCCAGGAUGAAGCUCUCGGCAUUUCUGCCACCUCCGUUGAAAAGUCCACUUGCUGGUCCCAUCUUUGCACGAAAAGAAUCACCUCCGACUUUCCAUCAGCUCCUUUUGGUAUUGAACUAUAUCUUCAUCUCUGCAAUGCUCCCUGAUGGCGAGGCGGCCAUGUGGCGAAUCAUCUAUCGUCAUUCAGCUGACUGGGAAAGAGAAUUUGUCUUGCAGUAUGAUAAACUCUUAUGGUGGCUGAUCAGUACGCGUGAUGCUUUGGCCCAGGCCGCUUUUUUCCAGACCGUGUCUUUGGUCGACCUGGAGCCGCAGAUUCGAUGGGUCCUCUUCAUGCUUGGGAGAGAAUCGAUAGCCGACUCAAGCUUCCUACAAGCAUGCUUCCAAAGAGAUAAGUAUCCAUAUCGGCCAUUUGGGGCGAGAGCAAGCAUCGCGCUAAUCUGCCUUGCGUUCAAUGGAGUGCAACUGAAGGGCAUCAACGGGUAUGAGUCCAAAGACAUCUGGCCAUGUGAUGAACAAUAUUACGCACUCAUGGCUUCCAGACUGGGCCGGUCGCCUUUAUUCAAGGCUGGCGUUACCUUUGCUCAGUUGAAGGCCACGAUAAUCAGACUUUAUCAAGCCUUCCAGUUAGAGGAAGAACGUGUGGCCUUGACGAUGCCCCAGGAAAUCUAUUACGAUGAUGAUGCCAGCACAUACGAGUAUUUCCAGCGGGACUUUCUCUCGUUGGACCCAAGGUUGCUGCCAAGAAUUUGUCAACUACUCCAACCAUCAGGGCCGCCUGUAGAAGACAGUGCAUACAAUUUGGCUAGCACAUGUGCCACGGUCUUUCAGAGAGCCCCGUCAGUGGACGCCCUCGAGGCCACAUUUGCAAAUAUACCAGAGAUCUUGCAGUCACAAGCAGAUAGAGCGGUAGUCAUUGAAAUGUUCCACGUGAGGCUAUUCCAGCAAUUGAAGCAACCAGUCUACGGUCAGUCAUCAUAUCAUUCAGGUCUCGAUCAAAGCUGA